GUAGAAUAGUACUUCUUUAAUUUAGAUUUUUCGUUGUGUCGGUAUUUUGAUUAAAUUUGUUCAAAUUAUGGCUAACAAAUCUGUAACCACGUAUGAGAAACCUGUACCACAUAUAGGAUUACCAGAUUGGUAUGCCAGACAAUGGGAACUUCAGCAAGGUGCAGAUACCAGAAGUGCAGAAGCAUUCGAAUUAAGAAAUUCAGGAAGAAUUGUUCAAUCAGAGACAAUGGUAAAAACUGUAUGGGAUACAUACAUGAACAAUGUUCGUCUUGCAGACAGGAUAACAGAAUUAUCACGUUGGAGAGAAUUACUUCAGAAUUUGUUAAGGAAAUUAGUAUCAGAAAUUCAACUUCUACGAGAUGAGAAAACCGAUGCAGACAAAGAAUUGGAAACUCUAAAUAAUCCUUUACAAAUAACAGCAGAGUGUAUAUCCAUGAGAGACUGUCGUAGAGGAACAGAACUUACAUACGACGAAGCAGAUACAGAACUGAAAAGAGAACUCUGCGUCCUUGAAAAUGUUAAACAAUCAUUGACCGAUAGGAUUCAAGCUGCAUGGGAAAAAUUAAAUUGUUUGGAAACAGUUAAGUUUAAAGUGGAACUCGAUAUAGAAGAUAAAGAUGAAACCAUUAAAAUAGAUAAAGAUAAUCUUAAUUUGGAUCGAACGUGUGCAAAUAUUAGCUACAAACCAAACGCGUUAAGAACUCCAAAAGAAGCGAUAUCUUAUGAAGCUUGGUUGGAGCACUGCCAGAAUUCAAAGAGCUUAGCAGAUAAUGAAUUAAGCGAUAUAUACAGUUUUCGCGAAUCUAUGAAUGUAAUGCGAGAACGCGCCAGAAAUGAUAUUAAGGCUCAACAAGAUGUAACAGAUUUUAGUUUACGAAAAAGAAUCUAUCAGACACAAAAAGCUCGUAACGAAUUACAAUGGCAAAAGCUGAAAAUUCAAAAAGAAAUGGAAAUCAUGCAGAAAGAAAUAGUACGAUUAGAAGAUGCAUUAUUACAUAAAACUGAUGCGAUAAAGUGUGCAGAAACCAGAUUAGAAAAUCGCACUUAUCGCCCCGGUUUUGAACUUUGUCGUGAUGAAGCUGACUUAGGUUUGAAAGAUGAAGUUUUACAGUUGCAACAUACUGAAAAAGAUUUAAAGAAAGUUAUCGAAAAUUCAAAAGAAGCUUAUAAUAAUUUGGAAAGUUUACUUUUGCAAAUCGAGAGAAACUUGGACGAUAAACAACAUUCUUUAGCCACAGACGUGAUGUGUUUAGAUAUGAGAGCAACAUUGAAAAUUGGAGAUAGAACGCGAUUGCCCAAUGAAACAGAUCGUAACAUUGUUCUUACACGUAUGGAAAAAGAAAUACCAAUCGAAUCAUGA